AUGGCUGGACAAGCUUUUAGAAAGAUUCUUCUGCUCUUUGACAGAGUAUUAGUUGAAAGGAGGGCCACCGAAACUAUAACCAAAGGCAUUAUGCUUCCAGAAAAGUCUCAAGGAAAAGUAUUGCAAGCAACAGUAGUGGCUGUGGGAUCAGGCACAAAAGGAAAGGGUGGAGAGAUUCAACCUGUCAGUGUGAAGGUUGGAGACAAAGUUCUUCUCCCAGAGUAUGGAGGCACCAACGUAGUUGUAGACCACAGGGAUUAUUUCUUAUUUGGAGACAGUGACAGUCCUGGAAAGUAUGUGGACUGA